UUGUGGGGGUAGCAAAGAGAACAGAUAAAAGACAGUAAAACAAAGCCUUUCACUUUCCUCAAAUUAGCAGGCUAAUGUAGUAUAAAAAAAAGCAGUUCUGCUCAGAUCUGUGCUAAGAGCUUUCAUUUCAUCAUAAUAUAAAACAGCAGAUCCGUCACCUUUCUCUAUUCAGUACUCUUGAUUUCGAGGUUGAAGUGAAAAUUAGAAGCUGUUCAUUCUGGCUCACAGACUGGGUUGCAUUUGCUUAGUCUUAUUCCAUGACAGUAGGAUGGAAAGAGGUCAGUAACACUGGAAUCUGACUGAUCAUCCAUACCGGAGUACUGUACAUAAAGUUCCUUCAAAAUGGACUACUUUUUGGAUGUCGAGUCUGCUCACAGACUGUUUUACAGUCAAGGAGCCCAAGCUCGUCGGGCAACUCUUCUCACAGUGCCCACUCUGGUGACAGCAACCUCUGAGGAUGACAUAGACCGGAGACCCAUCAGAAGACUUCGGUCUAAGAGUGACACCCCUUACUUGGAAGAAGCUAGGAUCUGCUUCAACCUUGAUAAUGCUCGCCGGGCCACGCUGCUCACCGUGCCCACAUUAAUGGCGGCAUCUUCCGAGGAGGACAUCGACCGCAGACCCAUCCGCCGCGUCCGCUCCAAGAGCGACACCCCCUACCUCGCCGAGGCCCGCAUCUCCUUCAACCUCGACACAGCUGAGGAAGUGGAAAGACUGGCUGCAAUGCGUUCAGAUUCUCUGGUACCUGGGACUCACACGCCUCCGAUCAGAAGAAGAAGCAAAUUUGCCACUCUCGGGAGACUUUUUAAGCCAUGGAAAUGGAGGAAGAAGAAGAGUGAAAAAUUUAAGCACACUUCAGCAGCUUUGGAAAGAAAAAUGUCAAUGAGGCAAAGCAGAGAGGAGCUUAUAAAACGAGGAGUGCUGAAAGAAAUUUUUGAUAAAGAUGGGGAACUUUCCAUACCAAAUGAAGAAGGAGCUUUGGAGAAUGGGCAGCCUCUGGGCUCCGGGCAAGUGCUGAGCUCCAGCCAGGUAUCCCUGCCAGCCCUAGCAGAACUGGAGUCAGUCCCAGCAUCUGUGGAACCCUGCUCAUACGAGGUGCUCCCAACCACAGAGAUCAUGGAUGGGACAGUGUCUGAAGAGAGCCCCACAUCCAAUGAAUCCGGCGUCCUCCUGUCCCAAGAUCCUACAGCUAAGCCAGUCCUGCUACUUCCCCCCAAAAAAUCUGCCGCUUUCCCUGGAGACCAUGAGGACACCCCAGUGAAACAGUUGUCCCUCCUCAAACAGCCCCCUGCCCUGCCUCCUAAACCUAUUGCCAGGAUUGCCAGCCACUUAACUGAUCCUGGCGCUCCUGUGAAACUGCCUUGUAUGCCAGUUAAACUGUCACCUCCACUACCUCCAAAGAAAGUCAUGAUUUGCAUGCCUUUAGGGGGGCCAGACCUCUCUCUCUCAUCCUAUUCCACGCAGAAGAGCUCCCAGCAGCCUUUGACCCAACAGCAUCACACCGUCCUGCCAUCCCAGUUAGCAGCUCACCAGCACCAGCUCCAGUACGGCAGCCACAGCCAGCACCUUCCUUCUGGGUCCAGCACGUUGCCCAUUCACCCUUCAGGGUGCCGGAUGAUAGAGGAACUGAACAAAACACUAGCCAUGACCAUGCACAGGCUAGAAAGCUCUGGUUUACACACAGGUGACAGUGUUACAAAAACAGGACCUGGGGGCCUUCCAGACAUGAGACAAGUGCCAACUGUUGUGAUCGAAUGCGAUGACAAUAAAGAAAAUGUGCCUCAUGAAACUGACUAUGAAGAUUCUUCCUGCCUCUAUCCAAGACAGCAAGAGGAAGAAGAGGAAGAUGAAGAGGAGGAUAACUCGUUAUUUACAAGUUCCCUGGCAAGGAAAAUCUGCAGGAAGGACUCUUUAGCAAUCAAACUAAGCAACAGGCCUUCCAAGCGAGAGCUGGAAGAAAAGAACAUCCUCCCCAUGCAGACUGAUGAAGAGAGGCUCGAACUAAGGCAGCAGAUUGGGACAAAGUUAACAAGACGACUGAGCCAGAGGCCAACUGCUGAAGAAUUGGAGCAGAGGAACAUACUGAAACCCCGGAAUGAGCAAGAGGAGCAGGAGGAAAAACGAGAGAUUAAGAGAAGAUUAACACGUAAGCUGAGUCAAAGGCCCACAGUAGAAGAGCUACGUGAGAGGAAGAUCCUCAUCCGCUUCAGUGACUACGUGGAAGUGGCAGAUGCGCAGGACUACGACCGGAGGGCAGACAAACCCUGGACACGACUCACAGCCGCCGACAAAGCAGCCAUUCGAAAAGAGCUUAAUGAAUUUAAAAGCUCUGAAAUGGAAGUUCAUGAAUUAAGUAGGCAUCUAACAAGGUAAGCUGAGAUUAAUUUUAUAAGACUAUAAAUGAAUACUGUUGUUUUCAAAAAAACAACGAGCAGCUGUUCCUCCAACACCGACUGAACAUACCAUGAGGUCUAGACAACAUUUAGAAUUACAGGCUGUAACAGAAACACACAGAUGAAUACAUCCUGCCCCAUUACGUGUUGUUAUGCUGGCACGGGCCAUCUGUUUAAUAAGAUGCCACCUCUUUUUAUUUGUGAAAUCAUCAUGUUCUAGCUGUGUAUCCGUUCUUCUGAGACCAAAAGUAAGUAGUGUUGGUGUCUGAAGCAGGACAAGGGACUCUGGUAAAGCACAUAGGAAAGUGAGAAUGAGCACACACUAAACUCUGCUGGGUGUAGAGCUGUUCCACAACCACGCACGUCCCUCCCACAGAUCUCUCAGUCUUGUCCGUGUCCAACCAUAGGCAAUGCAGUGGGGAAAUAGCAAGAUCCACCUUAUGAGAGGCAGUGCUUGUUUGUUACACUGUUUGUUACACGUUUUAAGUUAUAAAGGUAGAGACUGAAUGAAUUAUCCAUGAGCCCAGACCAACCAUGUUACUCUCUGACAGGCUGGGAGGUCAGGGCACAUGCCCUCGCACAGCCUGUGCUAAGUUUGCUCUGGCUUUGGUGCCAAGAUGAGCCAAACUCCUGGCAUUUCAGCUUCAGUCAGGCCUUUUCAAAUCAACAUUUUAGACUUUAAAGACAAGUGCUAGGUACUGAAUACAAGUGACAGCGAGAUCUGGUGCAAAACUGGAUCUGCCCUUGUAUUAAUGCAUUCAUCAGCUUGGUGCUCAUGAAAAAUGCAGGCAAUACUUUUAGGAAAAAUACAGAAAAGCUUAAGGCAAAAUUAAUUUUGUAUUAGGGGAUUUUUAGGUGUAUGAAUUAAUAAUUAUAUUAAAAUUCACCACAUGUAUUAUGCAUUUAUUCCCUAGCAGAAACUAUCUCCCUUCUCCUUCCUAGCAUGUGCUAGACUGGUUGCACUGAGGUUUGUAAUAAUGGAAUGCUGCUAGAGACAAGCCAGCUGCUUCUGAGCCAGGAGGUCUGGAGGAAGCUUUAGGGUGUACAGUUGGCCUAGAUCCACUGACCCCAGUGACUGAGCCUUUGAGAGACAUUUGGCUCGCUCCUCCAGGGGAGAGGUGACAAAUGUAGAAAGGAGGAGACUGUUUUAAAGGGGGUAUUGCUACAAGGAGUCGAGCACCUUUGAGAGCUCCACUGAAUUCCAGUGCCUUUAGUAUCCCACAGCAUACAGACUUGGUUUAGUUUUCCAGAAGUAUCUCCAGCUGCCUGGUUUUCACAGGCUUCUGGGCAAUAUUUUCCUUGUCUUCCAGUAUUGGGCUGAGCAGUGACCCUUUAAGGUGACUCAGUUUGUAUCUGAAAGCCACCAACCAGCUCAGACUAAGUCAGUCUGGGCCAGGCAUACACAGAGUAAUAACUAAUGUAACAGAAAUUGGAAUAAGGGUUUACCUGAAAUCCAGAAGGACUUAGAGGUUAGACAAGUGGCUUUGGGAAAUAGACACUUGAAGGAAGCACGCUUAAACAAAAGAAAGUCAUUUUCUUAAACAAACUUAGAUAAAUCACCAUUAUAAAGUCAUUAACAAGGUAAUGAGCUAUUCAUGUCAUUAAGCAGUUGCACGAGCUGAGCGUAGAAUGUGUCACUUUACUAGUGGGACACAUUAAUUAAUUCAUAAUAGAGUGAAAAUCAAAGCUUAAAAAAAUAUAUAUUUGCAGAUCUGACAAACCCAGGCCUUCUGACAUGGGGUGUCCUUACUGAAAGGGUGGCCAUUUCAGCUCCAUUUGUCUCUUUAGCCUCCAGCAUUUAAGAAUAAUUAAACUGUACGUAAAUCUUUCUGGCUGAAGAGCACAAGGUUUGUCUGAACCAGGCAAUUUUUGUGGAAUGGUCUGGAAGAGAACUAGCUGAUCCGUAGUCACCCACUCAGGGGUCCCAUAGGAUGGACCCAAAGAGUAUGAAUGUCUUUGGUAGAUUUUGGUGCAAACAGUUUAUACCUAUGAACUGUGAGUCUGGCUAGGACCAAGGAAGUGUGAGCAUCUGUUCUGGGUCCUCAAUGCCAGCAUGGCUGAUGUCAGUGCUGCAAAAAUCGAGCUGCCUAAUGGUGUCAUUGUAGCAAUUAGUUUUCCUAUAUUUUUUAUGUUCAACAAACAU